AGAGAAAAUGAUGGAGGCAACGGAGGAGAUAGGAGACGUCAGGGCAGCGUCAAACCCCACCGAGGAGGAGGAGGAAAGCCCUCCAAAGGAAACAAACGGCCACCACACAGACGAGGACGGUCCUGACCCUUCAGCCGAGGCAGCAGCAGAGCCCCCGGUGGAGACGGACCGAGGCAAAGAGGUCACAGCCACACCCCAGAGAUCCGACGGCGGACCCGUGAUCAUCCAAGCCAGCAGCAAGAACCCGGCCAGCGAGAAGCUGGAGAGGGUCCGCAAGUGGAGCGUCAGCAAAUAUAAGUGCACCCGGCAGGCUCUGGCCGAGCGGCUCGGCCGAGGCUCCCGCACGGUGGACCUGGACCUGGAGCCGCGCCUGGAGCUGCUCAGAGACGACCGGCAGCGCUACGACCACAUGACCAAGCUGGCUCAGACGCUGGCCGGGCAGUUCGCCCAGUUCUCCGUCACCCAGAAGACUCUGGGGGACGCCUUCACCGAGCUCAGCUUCAAGUCCAGGGACCUCCACGUGGAGUUUGGCAUGAACGCCGAGGCUCAGAAGUUUCUGUCGAAGAGCACCGAGGACCUGACGUCGGCCAUCAGCAGCUUCACCUGCGACAUGAACACGCUGGUGAACAAGACCAUCGAGGACACCAUGAUCAACGCCAAGCAGUACGAGGCCGCCAGGAUCGAGUACGACGCCUACAGGGUGGACCUGGAGGAGCUGAACAUGGGGCCACGGGACGCCACCACCCUGCCUAAGCUGGAGCAGGCCCAGAAGACCUUCCAGGGCCAGAGGGAGCGGUACGAGAAGGUCCGGGACGACCUGGCCGUCAAAGUCAAGCUGCUGGAGGAGAACAGGGUGAAGGUCCUCCACAACCAGCUGUGGCUGCUGCACAACGCCGUCGCCGCUCACUGCUUGUCGUGCCACGGUUUCCUGGAGAAGAACAUGCAGCAGGCCCUCGAACACCUCAACGUCUCCAGUGUGGCGCCCCCCUCCUGGCUGGAGGAGAGUUGACGCUCGGCCGGACCGGCUUGAUUGACUUUAAAAAGUGUCUUUGAAAAGCUUGUUCGUCUCUUUGUCUUCUAAAACCCGCGAGGUAGAAGAAAAGUAAUUUAUUUUGGGUGAUAAAUGGGACAUUUGGGUUCAGAAAUGUCGUUGUUCUACAAUUACAUUUAUUGUUUAAUAAUU